GUAUAUCUGUACACAUUAGAGAAUGCACUGAGACAAGUCGAUAGUAGAUGCCGUAAAGUUACACUACCGUAUUGGGAUUGUACAGCAGAAUACUAUAGCGACCAAACCAGCAGGGGAAGCAGUGCUGACUCUAUCAUAUUUUCUGACGACUUUGCUGGAAAUGCGGAUGGCGCAGUCUCUACUGGUCCCUUCCGGGAAUGGGGACUGGUCCGAAACAUCGGGUUUUCCGGGUCGUUAUUUGGUCGUGCUGAAAUUGAGGACAUGCUGACAAGGACCAAUCACGGGCAGAUAACAAUACCGAAUGCUGAGCGACGUUACAAUUUGGAGUUUUAUCAUAACAGAAUACACGUGUUUUUAGGUGGAUUACUCCUUGACAUAAGCCUUGCUCCCAGAGAUCCAUUGUUCUUCCUUUUGCAUGCCUAUGUCGACUUCUUGUGGGAACUUUUUCGACAAAGCCUGAUAAGCCGUAGUCUAGAUCCCGAGAUUUAUCCACCAUUUCGUGAUCCGAGGCAUGGUCCCAAUCAAACAAUGGCCGGGUUCCCGGAAUGGACAAAUAGGGAAGGCUAUCUUAAUGACUGGAACGACAGAAUUGCAACAUACAAACCAACUUUCAAUUGUGAACGAAGGAAAAAUUGUAGGAGAGGUCCAUCUCGAUCACGCUGGAUCGGCUGUUUCCAAGUUGACCGCCUCGGAACACAAUGCGUAGCAAUACCAAGAUUGUUAACCGAUUCCCGGGGUGAAAGAAGACGACGAGCAACAGAAACAGUGGAUGCAUUGCAGCAUACCCGAGUCCAGAUGUGCGACAGAGAGACAUGCCCAUACCAAGAAGCUAGUAUACAAAACACAUACGCUCUAAAUGACAAGAUUGACCCAUCAGGGUGGGUUUACGUUCCCGUUAAUGUUGUAUGUGAAAGGUCAGCAGGAUUAUUGUUCGACACUUAUGACUCCUAUAAUGAGAAAAACAUAAUGGACAUAUUCGAUCCGUCUCGUAGUCACAAGCUACACAAGUCACUGUACACGGGACAAGCUCGAACAUAUGACUCUUGUAGAGUAAGUAGAAUGGGAGCCACCAAAGUUUUUGUUAGAGCCGACGGUAUAAGUUACAGUGGCAACUCUGUAGAAUACGCUAUCAUAGAUGAGAGAUAUCCUAUAAUGAUACAAAAAGCCUUUAUUCCGGUUAAAGAUCCAGGUAAUGAGACUAGCGAAGUCUGUUUGAUUGCGUACGAUGAAUGUGGGAGACUUUGCCUGCCAACCUGCCUUGUGAAAGGUUCGAAACCCCCAGUAUACCUACCGUGUAGUGGGUGUAUUCGGGUCGAUAGUAAAUCUCCUAAAAGGUACGGGAAGACAAUCGCUGAGGUCAUAGCCAACCACUGGGAAUUCCACGACGUUCACGAUGACGAAUACAUAUGCCCCGAGGAACUCCAUGUCCACACAUUCGUUAAGUUUGUAUGCGAUUCAUCGACAAAGUUUCCCUGGCAAAGACUGAACAAGCAGAAAUAAGUUAGCAUACAUGUGUUAUUCGAAUGGCAAUACGGUGUAUGCAUCCAAUAUACUGUAUUUACAUCUGGUUCUGACGGAAAGACGUUGUAUUUAUUAAACACAUCUG